AUGACUUUUGUCGGACACCUUCACUGCCAUCCCUGUCUUGGACUAUUCUCUCUCGCAACCUCAUCGGAUACCAAGGCCACCUUCCUGAGAGAGCUGCGCAAUGCUCUCGUCAAUGUGGGGUUCUUCUAUCUCACCAACCCGCCGGUGGCCGGAGGUGAGGGACAACCUGGUGGCCAAGGCAAUCACCCUUUUGAUCUACCGCUGGAGAAGAAAUUGGAAAUUGAAAUGGUCAACAGUAAACACUUCCUGGGGUAUUCUCGGCUGGGGCAGAGUUCACAGCUCGUAAAGUCGGAUUAUCGAGAGCAAUUUGAUUGGCCGGACGAAACUGCGAUCCCUGGCUUCCGCCAUGCUCUUGAGUCAUACCUAGCUGAAGUAGGCCCAUUGGCAGAUGAAUUCCAGACCCUUGUGGCGGAAGCACUAGAUCUUCCCCAGAUGCUCUGA